AUGCCGUUGGUGGCACUGGUGGUCGCGAUUUUGACGAUUUUGACGCAACUGGCAUUGUUCUAUAAGCUUGGCUGCCAAAAGACAACAAAAAUGAAACCCAUCAUCCUUCAAGGACACGAACGAUCCCUCAACCAGAUCGCCUUCAACGCCGAAGGCGACAUCCUCUUCUCCGCCUCCAAGGACAAUGUCGUCAAUGCCUGGUACACUUCAAAUGGAGAACGACUCGGAACGUAUGGUGGAAUCAAGGGCGGUGUCGGGCACAAUGGUGCGGUCUGGACUGUCGCUGUGGACUCUCAAACGAAAUUCCUUUUGACUGGCGGAGCCGACAACGUGAUGAAGCUUUGGGAGGUUGAGACCGGAGAGUGUCUCUUUACUUGGGAGUUUUUGACGGCAGUGAAGAGGGUUGCUUGGAGCGAGGACGACUCUCAGUUCUUGAGCGUCACGGAGGAAAGGAGCCGACAGCCUAGUGUCAUCCGUAUAUUCAAAUUCAACCGAGAUCAACCCACUUCCCAACCCACCGAACCCACUUGUGAAAUGCGCUUGACUGGAUCCCGAGCUACUGUUGCUGUCUGGGCGCCCUUGUCCGACCACAUUGUCACUGGUCACGAGUCUGGCAAGAUUGCCAAGUAUGAUGUCAAGACUGGUGAGGAAGUGCAGGCUGUCGAGACUGAGCACUCUGGCCUUAUUACGGAUAUCCAACUGAGCCCGGACGGAACCUACUUUAUCAGUUCCAGUAAGGACAAGACAGCGAGAUUGUGGGAUUUGAAGACACUCGAGGUCAUGAAGGUGUUCCCUACCGAGACCCCCGUCAACAGUGCUGUCAUCACCCCCGGUAGACCAUACAUUAUCCUCGGUGGUGGUCAAGAUGCGAUGAACGUCACAACCACCUCUCAGCGUGCUGGUAAAUUCGAAUCAAGAUUCUUCCACAAGUUGUUUGAAGAGGAGGUCGGUCGUGUCAAGGGCCAUUUCGGUCCUAUCAACACCCUCGCUGUGCACCCCGAAGGUCGAGCCUACGCUUCCGGAUCUGAAGACGGUUUCGUUCGUGUCCACUGGUUCGAUGACUCGUAUUUCCGGAGCCGACCCUUUGGUGAUCUCGAGCCGGAAGUGGAGCCUUAG